AACAUGCCCCAGCCAAUCUGAUUGAAGAGCCAUCUACAACUUUUUCGUCACUAAGUAAGAAGCAGUAGACAGGUAGAAGCAUCUGAACACCUUACAUAAUUUUCAGAUUUUUGUAUAACAAACGAAGGAGUGACAGAAACUGUCAUAUUCCAAUAAUUUACAUUUUUGUAAUGGGUAUCAUUCGGUUUGCUGUAAAAACCAGUAUUGUGGGAAGUAUCGUAUAUGUAACAUACGAAGAGGGUUUAUGGUCAAAACCAGAAGAAACUGCUAAAUUAUAUGAAAAAUUAUAUGUUAAUGUCGCUCCUUACGUUAACCAAAAUGUACCUAAAGAGGUAACAGAAAAGUAUACUAAAUUGCCCAGUGUUACAACUCUUACAAGUUGUGCAAAAAAAUCUUGGAACAAAGGAGUUAUGACUACUAUGGAAUUCAUAGCUAAUUUACCUACUCAUACUGUGAAUGGUACUAUGGGUUUAUAUAAACAUGCAGAGCAAUAUAUCAAACAACUAAAUUAGUUUGAUGAAAAAUUAUACAUAAUAUUGUUAGAAUUGUUUUAUAUAUACAUUUCGAGUCAAAAUCAUGUAAAUUAUUAUAGUAUUUAUAAAUAAGGAAUUAUAAUCUACUUUAUGUUCACAUUUUCUUUGUAUAUAUUAAAAUCUUCAUAAUGUC